UGGGAAGGCAACUGGUUGCUAGGAGAAACAAUUGUGGGAUUAGGGAGUUAGAACUUUCAGCCUCAGUCCCUGACUUCUAGAGAAGGGUGAGGGAGAUACUUCUGAAGAUUGCAUUGAUCACCAAUAGCUAAUGAUUGAACUGGGCCUGUAUAAUGGAAUACCUGUAAAAACCCAAGCGCUGGCAUUCAGAGAGCAUCCAGGUUGCUAAACAUGAAGUGGUGCUGCGAGGGUAACAUAACGAAAGAGAAAAUGAAAUCUCUAUACAUCUUCCCCAUCGUUACCAUUUGCUUUUCUUCUACCUGGUUGUUCCUGGGUUAUGUGCUUUUAUAAUAAAGUGAUAAUCUGCCUCAGAAGUGUUUAUCCUACUGAACAUAUUUGGUGACUGCUACUUGUAAACAAAUGAAAAGUGAUGUGUAUAUCAACCAAUGAAACAUACAACUUUUGACAACCAGGAGCCACCCACAUUCCCAAUGCAGAAGGGCUCCCUGAACCUCCUGAGACAGAAAUGGGAAUCCAGUGAUUACCAGAGGAGCGAGCAUUGUCCCAGGGGCAGUCUGUGUAGGUUCUUCCAGCCUCAGGAAAGGAAGCUGCUUGAGCCCAAAGUAGAGGCCAUGUCAGUAACUGAAGUUCCAGAUGCCCCAAGCCUGCUCUGCAGUUCAGGGGAAGAGAAAUUGGGCUUGGAGCCUGAAAAGAAAGAUCAUGAGGACAAGGAUAACAACUGUAGGGAAUGUGGCCCGCCUGAAGUGCUGAAGGAAGACACCCUGAUCGGUAGGCGCAGAAUUGAGCGCUUCUCCAUUGCCCUUGAUGAACUCAGGAGUGUGUUUGAGAUUCCAAAGAACAGCAGCAGACCAGCUGAGUUUGGCCGAAAGGUAAGGAGCCAUUGGCUGGGAGCCUGA